AUGUUCUUCCUCGUCAGUAACCUCCUGCUCUUACUGCUUCUCACCCCCUAUCCCCCACUCACACCGCCCAUCCUCGCCCCUGCGCAGAAGGAACUAGUCCAAGUCGUCACCCUGCACCCUUCCUACUUCACGCCCGCUCUAAAAGACUACCUCCACACCCGGCUACGCGACACCGUCGAAGGCUCAUGUUCAGGUAAACUCGGCUACAUCAUAUCCGUGCUUUCGAUCGACGAUAUCGGCAGAGGCAAGGUCAUCGAAGGUGGCGCAGAGUUCAGGAUAUCCUACAAGGCGAUCGUGUAUAGACCGUUCAGGGGGGAGGUCGUCGAUGGGGUCGUCGCGAGUGUCAACAAGGUCCGUUCCUUCUCGGUCAACGCCAACGCCGUUCGUAUGGAGUGGGGCUGCUGAUCCGAUGCGAUCAUUCCACAUGCAGAUGGGCGUCUUUGCGGAUGUUGGACCGUUACAAUGCUUCAUCUCGACACAUGCAAGCCACACUCGUACUGCAUCAGGAAACAUGCGCCCCGAGCUGAUCUUACCUUCUUUGACCUCCUCGCAGUUGAUUCCAUCCGAUUUCGCAUUCGACCCCAACGCAAACCCACCAUGUCUGACAAGUGCAGAAGAGAAUGUGCGUUUGUUCGGCUCGUUCGAUCACACAACGUGCCGGAUCCUGACGCCGGGAUGUGCCCACAGUUGACGAUUGAAAAAGGAGCGCAUAUCCGGUUAAAGAUUGUCGGGACACGGGUCGACGCGACCGAGAUUGUAGGUCCUAGCAUCGACGACGGACGACGGCCAUGACAUGAUUCGUCGCUAAUACCCGCACCUAUCGACUCUGCAGUUCGCAAUCGGGACCAUCAAGGAAGAUUAUCUGGGCGUCGUAUGA